AUGUCCACCAUCCCAUCCUCCUCCCCUUCCUCCUCGUCGUCACCUUUUUAUUACGUUUUCGCGUACGACAGUUCAAUCUCCAACGAAAACAAUGAAAUCGAACGCGUGGUUCAUUUCUAUCCCGAAGAGACUUCGGAACGAAUCCAAUGCGAAACGAGCGCGUUUUUGUGCGGAUUGGACGCGUUCAUGUCGACGUUUCUUACGAGCGAGGACGAUGAAAACGAAGAAGAAAAAGAAGACGACGACGAAAAAGAGGAGGAUGAAAAGACGACGACGGAAAAGAAAGGAUUUUCCUCGUCUGAUUCGUCCUUCAUCGGCGCGAAAACGAGAGGGAAAUUUUACUGCGCGGUGAAUGUCCUUUCCUCGGUUUGGUUGGCAGUCGUCGAAGUUUCCGUCGACUCCUCUUCGUCGAGAAGAUAUCCACUCGAGAUGGAACAACAACAACAACAACAUCAUCAACAACAAGGGAACGAGCGCUUACGGGUGUUACGAGACGUGAUGGAGAGAGAAGUGAAAGAGAAGUUAUUCGUAAACGACGACACGGCACCACUCGUCGUCGCCGCCGACGCGGAACGGCGUCGUCGCGGAACAUCGAGCAGCAGCGAAGAGGAGGAAAAGAGAAAAUGGAAGGAAGAGUUGAAGAGGUUAAUCGAUCGAUUAGGGGAGAGGUUGAACGACGAAUCGUCGUCGUCGUUUGCGAUGGGCGGCGCGAUGAUGAAGACAAGUAGUGUAACAGAAACGAAAGACGACGAGGAUGUGGCGUACGUGCUAGAAGAGAGGGAAAAUAGGAGCGGAUGUUUUGUUCAAACGAGCGCGUCGAAGUCGUUGGACGCGUUGAGCUUGAUUUCAAAAAGAGAAGCGACGAAGCUCAGAGACGAGAUGGAAUCGGUAUUAGAAGAAGACGAAUCUGGAAGUUCUGCGACAAGAACAUCAACAACAAUAGAAAGAGCGACGCGACCUGGCCACGAUGCGUGGCUUUGGUCCCGAGUCAUCGCAGAUCGUACCAAACGCCUUUUCUUUAUAACCGAAAGAGAAGACGUGAAAACGUUGUUGCAAGCGAAUGACGCAGUGAACGAAUUAGGCGCGGCGUAG